CAGACACAGACAUGCUGCGCCCCGCCCUUCUUCUGAUGUGGAACCAAAGUGGCCGGUCUACUCUCACACUGCGCUCAGAUAAACACCCGGGGUGUAACCACUGACCCCCGUCGCAAAACAGGCUCGGUGGUUGUUGAAAUUCCCUCGCUUCACGGAAAAAUAGCCGAACUCCACGCGGCAGCCGGAAACGGAGACAACUCUUCGCUCCGCACAUUAGCCUAUUUCCGGUUUGCUUUGCUUUCUACGCACUCCUGUCGCGAUACAGCGUUACCAUGGUUACAAAUAACAGCUAUUGGCGCUAGAACGUCCCAACUUCCUUGGACAGUCACCGCAUACGCCCACUGUCAACAGACACCCGAGUAUCCGGACGCAUCUGAGCCCACCUGCAUCCAAGCGCACCUCACAGAAAGACGUCCAUGUGUUGCGCGCUCCAGUCGACUUAAAAAGAAAUUACAAGCUUUGUAGAUUUCACUGUGUAUUUUCCCGUAGUUAUGCAGGAUAAAGGAACAUUUAUCAGCCCUUUCCACAGACCGCUGUGUCUGGCGGCAGCGGCGCCGGCCGGGAAAGCGAAAUUGACUCACCCAGGAAAGGCGAUUCUGGCAGGUGGUAUUGCAGGUGGCAUAGAAAUCUGCAUCACAUUCCCAACAGAGUAUGUCAAGACCCAGUUACAACUGGAUGAGAAGGCCAAUCCACCCAAAUACAGAGGAAUAGGUGACUGUGUGAAGCAGACGGUACAGGGUCAUGGUGUUAAAGGACUGUACAGAGGACUCAGCUCACUUUUGUAUGGAUCUAUACCCAAAUCUGCAGUCAGGUUUGGGGUAUUUGAGUUCCUCAGCAACCGUGCAAGGGAUGAGUCCGGUCGACUGGACAGCACCAAAGGCCUGCUGUGUGGGCUUGGAGCCGGGGUCAUGGAGGCUGUUUUUGUGGUCUGUCCCAUGGAAACUGUUAAGGUUAAAUUCAUUCAUGACCAGACUUCAGUCAACCCCAAAUACAAGGGCUUCUUCCACGGAGUUAGAGAAAUCAUCAGGGCACAAGGCAUUAAAGGGACAUACCAGGGUCUCACCGCCACGGUCCUUAAACAAGGCUCCAACCAAGCUAUUCGAUUCUAUGUGAUGACCUCUCUCAAGAACUGGUACAAAGGUGAUGACAACAAUAAAGCCAUUAAUCCCUUGCUGACUGGAGUAUUUGGAGCAAUAGCAGGAGCAGCAAGUGUCUUUGGAAACACACCACUAGAUGUCAUCAAGACAAGGAUGCAGGGUCUGGAAGCACAUAAAUAUAAAAGCACAGUGGACUGUGCUUUAAAGAUCAUGAAAUAUGAGGGCUUGGCAGCUUUCUAUAAAGGAACAAUUCCUCGGCUGGGCCGUGUGUGUCUGGAUGUGGCAAUAGUUUUCAUCAUCUAUGAGGAGGUUGUGAAGGUCCUGAAUACAGUCUGGAGGACGGACUGAGCUGCUAUAAGUAUAGGGCGGUGGCUUCCUGCUUUCCAGGCAUCAGACACAUAUCUGAGUAUUGCAGACCUCUUACGCAUCAUAAAAGCAGCCGCCAAGGGGGUGAGACAGAAAGCUGAACUUAGAUCGGUGUCAUAUGCUAACCAGGAAGUUAAAGAGCCCAUAGACAGGGGUUGUAGACAAGAAUAAAGCCUGAAAAAAGGCUCAAUGUAGCUGUAGUGUAUGCAGUACUUGGUUGCUCAGCACCAAGACCAGACCAAGGGUCUAUUUCACAAGUGGGAUUAUGCAGUAAGGUUAGCCAAAUAACCUGGUAAAAAAAGAUGCUUACGCUUGAUUUAUGCUUCUGUGUAAAAUCUAUGCUGUGGAUAGGUACGUAGGUACGUUUUGACACAAACCUACACAGAACCCUACGCCGUAGCCUGACGUGCACCUCUUAAAAAAUUUAACUACACAUUGCGGCGACGCAUGUCGCUCUCCCAUGGCUUGGUAGCAUUGCAUUUCCCCCGAAUCAUUUCCUGGUUCUCCUUCUCCAUUAACAACAUGAAAUCAAGAAGAGGGUUAACUUUUCCUUCUACGGAUUUACCAACGUGGUCAGAAAGCACAGGGGAGACACUUUGUUUCUUUCACUAUGACUCUCGAAUUGCUACUCCUCUGAAGCUAAUUGCCGUCACUCUUUCACUUGCUCUGCUACACACACACACACACACACACGCGCCGACCCUGCUCUCUUAAAGAGAUCGACGCAUGCACCAACGCACAAGUAUAAACUUCAGACAACUACGUAGGCUACGGCGAAAGCUCUGCGUGGAGGCUCUGCGGAACCAUAAAUUAACCUUUAGUCGUAGAAAUACAUCAUUUCUAAAUGUGAAACAAAACCUGAGUAUUAGAGUCAACAACAUGAUUCUUAAAAACAAAAUUUUUGCAGAAAUUUAUCUGGUUCACAUCAUAUUAUGCUUUGUAAAAUACCCUCUUUCAGUGAAAAACAUUACUUCUAGUCAUACACAGAUGUUUUACAGAUGUUUACUGCGAGUAUGAACGUUCUGGAUUUUCUUGAGUUUGUGUUCGCUGACUCUUCUUUUACACUCACAUAAACUGCAGAAACUUCCAUAACUAAGCCUUCAAUAAUAAUGAAUUUGCAGUUAUUUUUAUACAGGGUAAAUUAUAAUUUAGUUUAUUACCAGCAUUAUAGUUUUAUUGUAAAGUACAAUAUAUUUUUUUCCUGUGCCAAAUGCCAAACCUGUUAUACCUUGAAAGUGUUUUCAAAGUAAGAACAUGAAAAAGUAGCAUAAUGAUCUUAACAAGAGAAGAGCAAAUAUUAUGACUUAUUGUGACAUACUUUAUAAAUGUAUUUAUUGAAAACUGAAUGUUGAAUAUCUAGAUGGUUGGGAAAAUAUUCACUGUUAACUUGUUUUUUCUGUCAGGUCAGGGUGUUGGUUUUUUUUAAGAUGUUAGAAGAAAAAAAAUGUAUUGCUGUAUUUCACUGUGAGUCUGACCCAAUGACACUGAGUCAUACAGACCAAGUAACCUCAGACCUGUUUCACUUCAAUGGAAGCACGGCUGUUCAGUUCAUAUAACUGGAUGCUUAUUUGUCUUUGGUCAAGGGGGUAAUUAAUUGGAAAAGGGGGAAAAAUAAAUAUUUUUCUGCUAUACAAUUUUUUAUUUUUUUUUCUGAAAAUCACCCUGAUGUGAAAACACAAUUUGUAGACAUGAUAUGUAACCUGUGAUGUGCAAGUAUGCACUCCUUUAUUCACUGUAAGGGGGUCAACUGCUAAAAAGAUUGGGAAUCACAGUCUGUUCAAAUCCAUUUCCAGUGCGGUUCUGUUCAUUCAGGGUUUGUUUCUUCUUCUCACUCCUGUGCCUUUCAGUGUUUGUUGGUGAAUCUAUUAUCGAUCAAUGAAACUCUAAUCAUCUUACUUGCAGUUUGAGAUUUUUGUAGUCCAGUCAUGUUGUUUUCAUAACAAAUAUUACAAGAACUGCAUGAUUAUGAAAAUAAUCUAUUACUGUAAUACUUGUAUUAAAAUACUGAUGGAAUGGGUGACCGGAUAGCUCAGUUGGUAGAGCGGGCACUCAUAUAGUAUAUAGAGGUUUACUCCUCAACUCAGCGGACCCAUGUUUGACUCCAACCCGUGGUAUUUGCUGCAUGUCAUUCCCCUUCUCUCCCCUUUAAUAUCUGCAGUUAUCCUGUCAAAAUAAAAAGUCAAAAAAUGCCCCAAAAAUAAUCUUACAAUUAAAUACUAAUGGAUUAUAUUUCCCUAUUUCUAAAAUACAAUAUCAAUUUCUGUUGCAUUUUUCUGUUUGACCAGACAAUGCUCAUGCUCCUUACUGCCAAAUAGCCAAGAUAUUUUUUUAUUGUCAAAGCAAAUCAAUUUAUUCCAAGGCUGUGUGUGUAGUCUAUGUGGUUCUUUAUGAUGAAGCUUGUGCAAUAAACACUGUUCCCUCCAUUUG